UUGCCAGAGACAGUUUCAAUCCGACUGUCGUCCAGUCAGCAUUGGCCUAUUCUGCCCAGAAGGCACUGAGUUACGGGUCUUACGCGCGGUUUUUCCAAAGGUUCUCUCCUCGUGAAUCUCCAUGACCGUUGAUUUUUUUUUAAAAGUCCUUUUAACGGUUUUAAGUUUGAAAAGGAAAGACCAAAAUUUCGGUUUUGACUGAAACGCGGGAAAAAUUUCAAAAGUAACCGAAUGUAAAGUGUUUGUACAUGAUUGCUUGUUUUGGUAUCGUGUGAUCCUUGCCGGAAUCUCUGGGUGCCCCCUAGAAGUCAAAGCCGAUAAAGACAUAUAUUUUCGCAUGUUGAAGAAGGCAUACAUAGAUGCACUGUGUUGAAUGUGAUCUGAGACUCUUGGGGCAACUCCAUGAAAACAUUAUAUUUUCACCCAGCGGAAAACCACGAGAGAGCUGCCAAUAAAGUUGAUCGUGUUGUGUGGAUCGACAAGAUCGUAUGGGGAUCGCGAAAUAAUAAAAUAAUACAUGAGACAGAGUUUUUUUUUUUUUUUGAAAAAAAAAGGCCUCAAGCUUUGAGCAAAUUGAUAAAUGUGCUGUGAAUAUUUCACAUGACACAGAGAUAAUUCCCCUGAGGAAGUAAAUUUCCGAAAAGAUCAGUGAAGUUGGUGAUCUUUGGCACUUUGGCUAGAAUCGCCUAUAUCACUGAUUUCCGUGUGAUAAUCUUAGAAAUCACAGUGACGAAUUUUCAAAUGUGGUACAUCAUAGUAAAUUGUUGUGGUGUAACAAACUGAAUGGGAUGCAACAAACAGCAAGAAUUUUUUUUUUCUGCUGUAACUAGAAGAGUUGAUGUUUUUUCAUUGUAUGCCGGUGACAUCGAAGAAAUAAGACAGUAAAUCAACUGCAACGAAAGUUAAUAAUUAACAAAAAUAGAGAAGAAUCUUCUUAACAUAACAAAAAAUAAAAAAAACAUUAUUUUUUUUUAAUAAACAUCGAAGGGGGAGCAACGGGCAUAAAAUAUUAAAAAAUAUACAUCAUCGAAAAUAGCACCGUGAAGAGGCAAUUCUUUCAUCUAAAAAUAAUUCCUCUCGCAUUUUUUUUUCAUCUUAAAAAAAAAACCUAUAUAUAAAUAUAUAUAAUUCUUUAUACUAUGGUUAAAUGCUCUCUUUUCUGAUAUCUGUGGGAGCUAGAGUGACAGAGUGUAUGUGUUGAUAAAACGUGAAAUAUAUAUGAUUCAAAAAUAGCAAAAAGAUCGACAGAAAGUCUAUUAGAUCCAAACACCUUCUUCUCUGACCAAUUCAACGAGCCUGCCGACAGAUCCCGUGGUCAGUACGAGGACAAGUGUGUGUACAAAGUUACAGAAAAAAAGACACAAAUAUAAAAAAAAGUUAUAAAAUAAAUUUAGAUGUCCGCUGACGACGACAAUUUUCCUCAGAGCACCACUCAGCAGCGGCGAAUUAUUGAGGAAAUUGAAAAAAGGCACAACCACAAUUCCACUGAUUUGGCACAAUUUUGCGGUUAGAGUGGCAACAGCAGCUAACACCAAAUAGCUGCCGAUUGCUGAAAUGGAUCGUCGUGUGUUGGUCACUUGGAUGCUGACCCUAAUUUUCCUGACCUCAAUAUCAACUGUGAAUGCAUAUGAGAGUAUAGCUGGUAAACGACAACCGUGCACAAAUGAAGGUGAAGAAGUUGCCGUGGAUUCCAUCAAUAAAGACUUCCAUUGUUUUAAGUGUAGAUGUCAGAAUGGUUUCGUGGAGUGCGAUCCGGAGCAAUGCCCUUCCGUCGAUGACUGCUACAUGCUGGUGAAGAAACCUCCCGGAGUCUGCUGUGAAAAGUGCAAAGAUUGCUUUUAUCGCGGAAAAACGUAUGCGAGUGGCGCAGAAUGGUCAGAUCCGGAAGAUCCAUGCUCCAGUUACAAAUGCGUGGCGGGCGUUGUGACCGAAUCCAACAUCCAGUGCUAUACACCCUGCACCAAUCCACUUCCACCGAGAUCUGGACAAUGCUGUCCAACAUGUAUUGGAUGCAUGCUGAAUGGGCAGAGAGUGGAUGAAGGCCGGGAGGUAACACUGAGGGAAGAUCCAUGCCUAAAGUGCCAGUGCAGUGGGAAGCGUCUGACGUGCAUGAAGAAGGCUUGUCCGGUGCUUCAGUGUCCGGUUUCCAAACAAGUCAAACUUCCUGGUGAAUGUUGCCCAAGGUGUACUGAACGUCGGGAGAUUCGACAGUUUCCCGGCAAGUGCAUCCUCGGUAAGGGAUUCCACACGGACAAGAAGAAGUUUGAUGCAGAUCCCUGCUCUCCCUGCAUCUGUACCAAUGGCACGAGCAUUUGCAGCAGGAUCACAUGUCCAGUGCUUGAAUGUCCGCCAGAGAUGCAGUAUCAGGAUCCCAAUAGCUGCUGCCUCGCCUGUCCACCGCCCACGGAACUGCAGUCCGUUUGCAGCUACAAUGGAACAGUCUACCAGGACAAUGAUACUUGGGAUCUGAGUCCAUGCGCUGCCUGCAGAUGCCAUCUGGGAACUGUUCGCUGCACACAGACCAAAUGUCCUGAGAUCAAGUGUCGACCCAACCAGACCCUCGUUACUCCUCCUGGACAAUGCUGCCCCAAGUGCGAAGAGACUGCUGGUAUCUGCACAGUUUUCGGAGAUCCUCACUACAAAACCUUCGAUGGGAAGUUCUUCAGCUUCCAGGGAUCAUGCAAGUAUCAACUCACUGCAGACUGCAUAGGUCACUCAUUCUCAAUCAGAGUGACCAAUGAUGCUCGUGGCACAAAAUUAUCAUCCUGGACUAAGACAGUAACUCUGAAGAUGGGUGAGACCAAGGUCAACCUGGGGCAGAAGAUGCGUGUCAAGGUCAACGGAUCUCGCGUCCUGCCUCCUUAUGCAAUUCAAGAUGUUCUCAGCGUUAACAUGACGGAGGACGGAGUCGUUGUGGACACUGCACUUGGUAUUCGUUUGCUCUGGGAUGGCGCUAAUUUCCUUCAGGUUCAGGCGGCUGUAAAGUACAAGGGACGCCUGUGCGGUCUCUGUGGCAACUACAAUGGCGUCUCAAGGGAUGAUCUGAAGGCUCGAAAUGGGGCCAAUAUGAGUGAUUCUCAAGUGUCCCGUUUUGCAAAGUCCUGGAAAGUAGGCGGCCGCAAGGCGUGUGGCCGUCGGCGGGAUCCGGUCAGCCGGCGAGGUGGUCAAUGUCGCAACCGAAGGCGACAGGGCGUGUGCAAGCCACUGCAUGACAGUGCCGUGUUCGGUAGCUGCGGCAGCCACCUGAAUCCGUCCAACUACUUAGAAUCGUGCCGGCAGGAUAUGUGCGAAUGCCCCACGGAGCUGUGCUACUGCGACAGUUUCGCGGCGUAUGCGCACGAAUGUGCCCGGCUGGGCGUAGAGUUGCCCAAUUGGCGGCACGAGACCAAGUGCACCCGGGCCAAUGUCCGCAGUGCCAAUGCCAAAUCACUUCCACCGCAGCAGUUAGAGCUGAUCCAAAGACACAGGAAGCGCACAAGAAAGCCCCACGUGAGUCGGGUGGACGAGCUGCGCAAGCAUAUUCCCAAAGCUGUUCUCACACACAAGCACAAGCCGGCGGACCGGACACCACCGCCGCUGCACUGAACCCACCGCGGCUCGUGCGAUCUCACGUGGAUUCUGGCCACCUAGUGUCCCCCCGCCCUCGGAGGAGCGAUCCAAGAAUCGGACCAAAAAUUUCACCUUCUGUAAUUUUAAGUUAUCUUUUUAAUUUUAACUGCAAGAGAUGUUCUCUGAAAAAACCGCUCAUUCUUUUUCCUUUGAAAUCAAAUCAUUCACAAAAAUUGUCUUUUGGUUAUUUAUUACUAAAAUAAAAGAAACUUUUGACUAAAAAAAAACUCCAAAAGGAAAAUAUAAAAAUUAGAAGGAAGAAUAGAGCACGAUUACCCAAACGUCGAAAUAAACUUACAAAAAAAAGGUAAAAUUGUUUAAAUUAAUAAACAAUUACCUUAAGCAUCUUGUGAAAAUACGUUAGGAUAUAUUAUUUAAAGGAGGAGAAAGAGGAUAUAGAUACAACAAAAAAUGCAGACUUAUGUGUUACUUAAUUUAUACGGAGAUGGAAGGAUGAAGAAAGUUUUAAAAAUAGCAUUAACUUACAAAAAAAAAGAACACAAUACAGAAAAGUAUUCAAAGUAAAUAUAGGACAUAGGAACAAUAAAAAUUGUCUAUAGAGGAAUUUAUUGUGAAGAGAAUAGUUACACAAAAACAAAUGGCUUUCGAUUUUGAAAAGCUUCGAUUCUCAAACUUUUUCAAGCAAGAAUUUUUAAUUUAAUAUUUAAAUUAAAUAUUUUUCUCUCUUAACAUAUUUCCCAAUCUUUCAUGCUUUACUCCAAGAGAAUCUGCCGCGAGAGAAAGAAAGAAUAAGUGAUCUGGUCAGGAAAUUAAAUGGCUUCUUCAGGAUUUAAACAUUUUUAAUCUUUAUCUUUUAUUUUUUUUGCAUGAUUCUUCCUAAUUAUUUACUUUUUUUCAAUUGCUAUCAAGUCCGCAGAAUUGUCUUUGUUGCUCUCUUUUUUAAAUGUCAGAUUUAUCUGUCUCUUUCUAUCAAAUUGAAAUUGAAAUUGAAUUUUCUCGUGAGAAAUUGACAUCUGUAGAAAUCCAAAUGUCUUCUGGCAACCCUGAUCGAUGAAUUCGCAUUUGACAAUUGUCAAAAAAUCUAAAGAAAUUUAAACAUUGAGGCCAUUUACACCGCCGCAUUGGAUUGAGAUUGAAUUGUCCCAAAAUCGGUUUUUGGGACAAUUCUGUCAGAAUCUAAUACGACAGUCUAAAUCAGAGGUAUGCAAGAACCGUUUAAAACCGAAUAAACGUCAAAAUAAAUUUGUUCAGGUAGCGUUUUGACCACUGACGUACAUGUUUCAUUUGACGUUUGUUCGGUUUUAAACGGUUCUUGCACGCCUCUGGUCUAAAUGACCUCAGUGAAAUCGUUUAGAUUGCAGCCUUAGAUUAAGACUUGAUUAUCCUAAAUCCGGUUUUAUAACAGUUCAAUCCGAAUCUAAUGCGGCGGUGUAAAUAGCCUCAUUGGCUAUAUGGACUAUGGACCCGAGUGAGUCCGACAGCCUUACAUAAAAUAGAAAAAGAAGAAGAAAUUUAAACAUGUUGAACAAAUUUUCGUCAGUUAAAUCAGCAUUUGUCGUACCUUCAUUUUUGCGAUUUUGGGAUAUAUACAUAGUUAGUAUCGACGCAAUUUUGUUUAAUAAACGCACUUGAGAAAAAGAAACUUUUAUAAGCCCAAUAAAAAUUAUUUUAAACACAAAUUAUCGUAAAACAAAUUUCCAUUUUUGGGGGAAGUCGCGACAAAUUUUCAGUAAUAAGUAUUUGCCGUAACUUCUUUUGCUUGUUUGCCAUUGUUUGCCUGGUUUGUAAUUUGCAGCAAAAAUGUAAUAUUUCUCAUUAAAACGUUCACAAACUCUUCCAAAUAUCCAAAGAGAGUGCGAAUAAUGCAACAUUAAAUCAUUUUAAUUCAAUAUUUGUGAGAAAAAAAAUAAAAAAAAUCCUGCCCAUCUGUCAUUAAUUCAAAACAAAGCAAGUGACACGGCGCGCAAAAUUUAUUCAAUAAAAUUUAUAAAAUGAAAUGUUUUUGGGGGCAGGGAUAAGAGUUUAAUUGAUUAAUUUAGUCAAAUAAAGGUGCUUAUUAUCACUAGAGUCAUUGAAGUUGAUAUAAUGCAUUUUUGAAAAUUGUCGUAACUUCCAAGAUCUCCAUACAUUGGAAGUUAUGGCUUUAUAAACGAUGGAAGUUACGAUAAAAUCUUAUUGUGUUUCACCGAACAUAUAUCUCAAUAUCUCAGAUUUUAAAUCAUUUUAUAAAGAUUUUCUCGAGUUAACUUACAGUUUAUUAGUGCCACUUUUAUUAUUUUGACUCAAAAGUAUCGCAUUCGGUGCUCAUUUUUAAGAAAAAUAAAGCUGAACUGAAAAUUUCGUCUCCUGAAAAGUUGUCAAAAGGAAGUUACGACAAAUGCUGAUUUAACUGACGAAAUGAUUAACAUUUUAUCCAGUUUAUUAGUUCCAAUCCAAAUCAAUUGCUGGUCCUUUUUCCGACAGAAUAAUGUCCAUUAAAAUAAAACCUAAAGAUCGAACAAAAUCGUCUGACAGAUCGUCAGUUGGAUCAGCAAUUGUCGUAACUUCCUCAUCACUUCAUCAGCAGUUCUUGUACUAGUAUAUAUUAGUUACAUAUUGCUAAAAGAAAUGCUGAUGAAGUAAUUAUAAAGUUACGGCAAUAGCUGAUCCAAAUGACGAAAUUGAAAUUGAAAUACAUCUAGUGAAGCCUCCUAGCAAACACCAAAUGCAAACCGAUUUCAAUUCAGCUGAAAACAUAUGUAUUUUCAGCUGAAUUCUGCUAAUCUUAAAACGACACUCGCGAGGCAGUGCCAUUUUGAAAUAUUCGGUUAGCACUUUUUGUUCGAGAACUGCUGACUGGUCAGCAUAUUUUUGCUGAUCGACUCAGCAAAAAUAUACCAAAAAACAACAUUUUCAGCUAACACUGCUCAUUGGGCCCUGGCACAGUUUAUAGAUCGGGAAAAAAUCAUGAAAUAAAAAUUAACUUCCCUUUCUUUCUCUUUUUCACGUUUUGUAUACAUUUAUUCCACUUUUUCACUCUCGAAAUCCAAUUGAACUAAAUUUGAUUUAGUCAUGAUGUUCUAAAGAAGAAGAAGAGUCUAAAAAGGUGGGAUAAAUAUACGCAAAACGUUUCAGAAAGAAAGGGAUGUGAAUUUCGAUUAUAAUGGCUCCGGCACACCUUUUCCAUCAAGAAAAUUUCAUGAAGUCGAAUUUCGGAUCUCUUUCUUUCUCACAUGUUUUGCCUAUGUAUAUCGCAUUCUUUCGCACUCUUCUUCUUCUCUUAGACAUCACUCCAAAUUUAAUUUAGCUCAAUCGAAUUUAGUAUGCGAAAGAAUGAGAUAGUCAUAUGCAAACAUGUGAGAAAGAAAGAGUUUCGAAUUUCGACUUUAUGAAAUUUUCCUGAUCUAAAAGGUGUGCCGGAGCCAUAAAAAUUUUUCCUGUUUUCAAACGUGUGCCAGAAUUAUGACAAAUGAAGUUCGCAAACCUGCAAAUUAAAUUCACUAAACCGAAAAUGUGUGCUUUCGGAAAAGACUUGUCAAAUCUCUUUGGUCUAUAAGUCAAUAAUUCCAUUUACAACGUCGCAUUAGAUUGCAAUUUAUUUAAAUUUUGUCGAAUUAAAAUUGAAAUCGAAUUAAGAAAACGAAUUAUUAGACGAUUGCAUUUAACCUGUCCCAUUUUUACCAAAAAAUUUUCGGAGCACGUUGAAAGGAAUAUGGAAUAACAUUUGACGUUCAAUCUAAUUUCAUUUUAAGGUUUUUGGUGGUAAAGCGAUUAAAAAAAUUAUUUUUGUGGAUUGGCUUUCUCUGUUUCCUUCAAAAUCAUAAGAACCAGAAAAGCUAAGCUUUUGAGUAGAAUGUUUUGUAACUGUCAAAGAGGAAUUCAUCGAGUAGGGUUGCCAGAAGCCAUCAGUAAUGUUUCACAGAUUUUAAUUUGAUUCAAAAAUAAAUUUCAAUUUAGAUUUGAUAGAAAGUGACAUUUAAAUUUAAUAUUUAAACAACUGAGUAAGAUAAAUCAUGUCUAUUGGAUCCAGCAAACCUUUUAGAUCAGGAAAAUUUUGGAAACUAAAUUCAUUUCCUUAUCUCCCUCAAACGUUUUGCGUAUCUCUAUUUUAAUUGAAUUUGUCGUGAUGUUUAAGAUAAGAAGAGUGUAAAAGAGUAGUAGGAAAGACUUAUACAAAUAUUUUUGAGAAGGAAAAGGUUGUGAAUUUCGAUUUCAAGAAAUUUUCUUGAUCUAAAAAGUGUUUUGUAGGCUGAAUAAUUUACUUUGCCAUAAAUCGAAAAAAAUUCAUGAAGUCAAAAUUCAAUUUUCUGUCUUUUUCUAACGUUUUUCAUAUGUCAAUCUCAUGCCUUCACACUCAAAAUGCGAUUGAAUUACAUUGAAUUUGUUGUGAUUUUCAAAAGAAGAAGAAGAGUGAAAAAACUGCGAAAAACAUAUGCAAAAUGUUUAAGAGAGAAUGUAAUGUAAAAUUUUGAUUCCAUGAAAUUUUCUUGAUCUAAAAGGUGUGCCAGAGUCAUUACAAACAAAAAUAAUUUGUGGUUUAUCUAAAAGUGAAAAGAUAAAUUCGCAAUUUUUAAUUUUCCGAUAUAUCUUUUAGAGCUGGAAUAUUUAGUAAAAUCAAAAUUGACAUCUUUUACUUUCUCAAAAAUCAGUCCCACUCUUUCGCCCUUAGAUCUAAAUUGAAUUUACUUUGAGGUUCGAAAGAAGAAGAAGAAGAAGAGUGCGAAAAAGUGAGAUAGACAUAUCGUCACUAUAUCGAUUAUUGUCGGAUCUAUAUUUCUUUUGUGUCAGCAUUUGAUGCCAGAAGUGACGUUUGUAUCGUUGUUUGCUUUGAUUCAAAUGCAGAUACAAAAUAACGGCAGAUAUGAUAACGGGCAAUACAACCGACGAUAUGCAAAAUGUUUGAUGAAUUUUGAUUUCAUGAUCUCUUCCUGCUCCAAAUUUUAAAAUAACCAUUUUCUAAAUUCAGCUUUUGUGAUUUUUAGUUUUUUAAAAUCCUGACAGAGUGCUCAAAUAUUUCCUAGUCGGAUCUGUAAAUAGCAUUCAAAAAUAAUUGUUGUACAAUCACCCCGUAAAAUCCCUAAAAAAACAAAUGUUUUAGAAUAUUACAGAAGAUUGUGAAAAAAUGCACCUUAAUGGCCAUUUUUAGGCAUAAUGUAGUCGUGAUUUAUAAGAAUAAUCAAAAUUAUUGAAUUUAUGCAACAUUAAAAGAAAUUGAAGAAGCAGACUUGGCAAUUAAAAA